AUGUCGUCCUGGUUUGGAGGCCUGGGCUCAGGCUUGGGCAACUUCUUAGGUCAGGUGGGGAGCAACUUGCCGUCCCUCACCGACCGUAUAUCCAGUUUCACCAGGGAAAUGCUUCUGGAUGGCAUAGGAGACAUAGAAGCAGGUUUACCUGAUUGUCGGAGAAAGGAAAUGGAAGCUACUGAUGCUCCACUAAGAUCGGAGAAUGAAAGACUUCAAAAGUAUUGUACUGAUCUGGAGGAAAAACAUGAAGCAUCAGAGCUGCAAAUAAAGCAUCAGUGUCCAAGUUACAGAAAUCAACUGCAACAGAAGGAGGUAGAGAUCAGCCAUCUGAAAGCAAGACAGAUGGCACUGCAAGAUCAAGUGUUCAACCUCCAGGCAGCUGCUCAAUGGGUAGGUUCAGGAGCUUGUGGUGUACCAACAACCACUGCACUGGCUCCAUUUGGUUCCCGGAUCAGUAGUGAUUUUUCAGCCUUUCCUGAUGAUGACAUGGACUUUAAUGACCUAAUUUCAUCCCACCAGGAAAUAACCAGAUUGUCAAUUGAAGUUUCAAGACUUGAAUCUGAAGUUGGCCAUUCGAGGCAUAUUGCUGAGGCUCAGGGAACACGGAAUUCUGACCCCAGUGAAAUCAGCAAACUGCAAAAUACUAUCCAGACUCUUGAACGAAACCCAAGUUCAGACAUAGAUGAUCAUCAGCAUGAAGUGUCAGUUUUGGAGCAGAGUGCUACUGUGGCAGAAAAGGGAACAAUCCUUCCACAAAAUUCUUCAUCAGUGGAAGAAGUGUUGAGGCUACAACGAGCCCUGUCUGAUGCUGAAAAGGAAGUAAUGAGACUAAAUGGUUUAAACCAGGAUCAGAGUCUUGCUGAAGACAAUCUGAAACUUAAAAUGCAUGUGGAAGCUUUAGAGAAAGAGAAGUCAUCCUUGAGUCAAGAAAAGGAGGAACUUCAGAUAACACUGUCAAAAUUGAGCUGUGACUCUCAAGUAGUUAAAAACACAGCUUCAGCAGACAUGAAUGUGAAUGUUCAAUUACAUGACUUAAAACUUCACUUGAAGGCAAAGGAGGAAGAACUGAAUCAGAGUAUCCAUGAAAAGAAAAUGCUGAUAGCUGAGUUAGAAGAACUGGACCAUCAGAAUCAGGAAGCUACAAAGCGCAUGGUUUUGAUAAAAGAUGAGCUAUCAAAACAAGAAAACGAAGGAGACCUUGUCAUCCAGAAAUUGAAACAAGAUCUAGAUGAUGAAAAAAAGAGAGUUCAUCAACUUGAGGAUGAUAAAAUGAACCUAUCCAAAGAGUUGCAUGUGCAGAAGGAGAAGUUAACUCAGAGUGCACAGAGCCUCAGUGAUUUGCAUUUAACCAAGCAGAAGCUUGAAGAUAAAGUAGAAGAUUUAGUAGAUCAGCUAAAUAAGUCACAACAAAGUAGCUUAAACAUCCAGCAGGAAAACCUUGAGCUUAAGGAA